UUUACCUCAGUCGGCACUAGGUGGCUGGCAAGUUCCCGCGUACCUAACAAUUUCCGUACUCUGUAAACAGAUUCGCUGCCGGUCAUGUCCGAGGCAUACUGUUGGCUCUUGAUUUGGCUUUAUCUGUUGCCCAGAAAAGGAGGCAUGUGUUCUCCCUGCAGCGAACAGGGUCCGGCCACAAGGCCGAAUUGCUCGUCGUCCUUUGGAAUCCGCUGCGGCAACAGUACAAGGUACUUCUGCCACCUCCAGCUGGGGGAAUACUGCACGAGAGACAAUGCGGAGGACCAAUGCCUGCCAGGACUGACGUGCAGCUGCCACAAGUGCAUGGGCUGCACCAGCUCGGGCAUCUGCUUAUUGGACCUGUGUCCCUACUAUUGGAUGUCCUGAGCAACACAAGCUUCAUUGUUGGUUGUUGGUGUCGAGAUAACUGGAUGCGUUGUGUGGCGGAUUUAUUAUUAUCAUCUGUGGAGAACAUGAAUAAAGCAGGCGAGAGACUGCAAUCAGCUCCCGAUAGCAAGCAGGGAUCGCAAUGCAAAGGAUUGACCGGUUUUUUUUGGUGAAGUUUUGACAUAAAUAGUGGAGGUGUGAGACGUAGAUGGAUAGCCACAGUGUACUUGUCUUACUUGUGCCUGGGUUUAGGAUGGCGUACUGCUGGCGGUGGUUUUAGCUGCGGCCUGCCUCUUUUUGACGCCCCAGUUGUACACUCGCGCCAUGUUCACCUCCGUUGUGGUUAUUU